AACCUAAUUAACCCCAAAAUUAGUUCCGUUUAAGGUCACGCCGUACGAGAAAAAGAGAUUAUCCGGCCCAUGCCAUCCCUCUCUGACCGAAUAUUAUUUCAAACACAAACACAGAGAAAGUCAUGAGAUGAGAUCUACCUAUUUCUUCACAAUCGAUUUCUUUUUCUUCCUCAAGAAUUUGUGAUCUCUGCAGCUUUAUAUACGGAUAAUUUGAUAAGAAAACCGUCUGGCUGUAGAGGAGAAUGGCAGAAACGAUAUCUAGCUUUUGGGGUCCAGUCACGUCAACUAUAGAGUGUUGUGAAAAAAAUUAUGCAUAUUCAUCUUAUAUUGCGGAAUUUUACAACACAAUAUCCAACAUUCCAACCAUUCUUUUGGCUCUCAUUGGUCUUAUAAAUGCUUUUAGACAACGGUUUGAGAAAAGAUUUAGUGUUCUUCACGUAUCUAAUAUGACGCUUGCCUUUGGAAGCAUGUUAUACCAUGCUACCUUACAACAUGUGCAACAGCAGAGUGACGAAACUCCUAUGGUGUGGGAGAUUCUGCUGUACAUGUACAUCCUCUACUCUCCAGAUUGGCACUACCGUAGUACAAUGCCCAUAUUCCUAUUUCUGUAUGGUAUUGCUUUUGCCGGUGUCCAUUCAUUUGUCCGGUUUGGCAUUGGCUUCAAAGUCCACUACGUCUUUCUCUGUCUCCUCUGCAUUCCAAGAAUGUACAAGUAUUACAUCUAUACUGCAGAUGCGUGUGCCAAGCUGAUAGCAAAGCUAUAUGUAGCCACUCUUCUAUUAGGAAGUUUGUUUUGGUUAUGCGAUCGAGUUUUCUGCAAGGAGAUAUCCCAAUGGCCAGUUAAUCCACAGGGUCAUGCUUUAUGGCAUGUUUUCAUGGGCUUCAAUUCCUACUUUGCAAACACAUUCUUGAUGUUUUGCCGUGCUCAACAACGUGGCUGGUCUCCGAAAAUUGUUUGUCUGUUUGGUGUUUUGCCGUAUGUGAAGAUUGAGAAGCCAAAAAGCCAAUAAGAGAAGAUAGUAGAAGAUGAAAGUUUAUAUAUCAUGAUGAUACAUAUUGGAAGAGUUAUCUGUGUUUCGUUCGCCCUUGGUUCUCAGUUUUGUUUUUCUGAUUUAGAUUGGUUUAAGUGAUGAUAAUUUUUUAUAUAUUCUGUUGCAGCUUUAGGACAUGUACCAUAUUUAAAGCCAUAUGGAUGCUUUCUUGGUCUGAGACUUUUGUUAACACUACUUAUGACAACCAAAAGUUUUGCAGUAACAUGGUUGUUUGUUUCUCAGUUUCAUACCACAUUUUUAAUUGUAACAUAUUAUGUAACCUUUUCUAGUUGAGUUCUUGAGUAUGUUAUUAACUUAUGGAGCUUUAAA